CAUCACUCACAUUGCGGUCGGCUUCACACCCAAAUUUCAAGCAAUUGUUUUGCUCUUUUGCAGUCUUUACUCGUGUUUCUCUUCGUAGGUAGAUGAUGCUAUUUAUGCGCCUACCAUACACGUCUUUUUCACUUUAAUUUCGAGUAUCUAUUUUGCGACGCGCCAAUUGAUUCGUCCAAAGUCCGCUGUGUUCAGAAACCGCCCUCGCCCGAUCAAUAUCCUUUAACUCAGCUACAUUCUAUAAUAGCCUUCUUCAGGCAUGGAUACCGACGAAACAGCCGAUCGCUACUUUACCUAUGAUGGUAGAUUGGCAUCAUUUCAAUUGGCACGACGACCGCCAGUUGUCAAGGGAAAAGCUUCGAAGGCACUUACAUGGCCGCACAAAGAACUGGAUCCAGCUCAAUUUGCCCAAGCCGGAUUCUACUUUGAACCUACCCCCGAGGCCCCCGAUAACACUGUUUGCUUCCUUUGCGUAAAGGCGUUUAAGGGAUGGGAGACGAACGAUAACCCAUUAGAGGAGCACAUACGACUAUCACCACACUGUGGCUGGGCUAUCGUAGCCGCCAUCGAGGCGGGCCUAGGCGAUUAUGGAUUGGAUGAUCCUAGUGAUGCGCCCAUGGUUGAAGCGCGGAAAGCUACGUUCGCGGGGCUUUGGCCUCACGAAGGAAAGAGAGGUUGGAAAUGCAAAACCAAACAGCUUGUAGAAGCCGGUUGGAAGUACACACCAACUGCAGAGUCGGACGACAUGGCAACUUGCACGUACUGUUCUCUCGCCCUUGAUGGUUGGGAACCAAAAGACAACCCAUUGGAUGAACAUUAUAAGCGAUCUCCAGACUGCCAGUUUUUCCAAUUGUUAAACCAUUAUAAGACGGGACCGACGAAGAAAAAGGGUAGAGGCAAGGGAGCCAGGGCUUCACAGUCGUCCCGACUCUCUGCACAGUCUAUUGCUACGACUGUCGCGUCUGACGCGACCUCACUACUUGAACCCUAUGCCGACCAUGAUGAUAGUGUUAUGACCACUACGUCUAUAAUGACACAAGGUGGAACAAAGCGAGGGAGGACGAAAAAGACCACAGCUACCAAGGGCAAGAGAACUCGAGCAAAGAAAGAAGAGGCGGUUGAGGUACUGGAAGAUUCGCCUGAACCGCAAAUAGAACAAGCACCUCCGUCGCCGCCGCCGAAGGCUACCCGUGGGCGCAAGCGGGCUAGUGAACUCGUUGAAGACUCAGUACUGACAACGGCAGAGCUGCCGGCCGCUAAGAAAAGAGCCACGCGCACAAGAAAAGCUAAUGUCGCGGACACAUCUGUUAUUGACCAAGCACCGGACCAUGAAAUGUCUGAUUUAGAUCCAGUUCCCAAGUCAAAGGCGAAAGGAAAGAAGGCCAGAUCAACUACCACUCGAAAAGCUAGAAAGGCUUCUACAGCAUCCACCAUAUCGAACGUUUCCCUACAUGAAGAUGCUGCUCAUAUAAUGGACGAUGAUGAACUUGAUAGACAAUUACAGGCCGAUUUUGACCGGCCACUGUCGGAUGACGAAAAUAUUGCAGCCGAUUCAGAUUCAGAUAGGAAAAAUAUUCCGUCCAAGCAGAAGACCAAGAAGGUUUCCGUCUCUAAAAAGGAUUCCAUAGGCCAAGCCGAGGCAUCCGAUGACCAUGCUAUGUUUGACCCUCAACCUCAUGUCGACGAGGUCGCAGUUGAAGACGAGCUGAAAGCGCUAGAAGCAGAGAUGGGUGUUGAGCAAGUGGAAGAACCCCCGGUUCCUAAGAAGGGCCGUAAACCAGGCCCUAAGAGAGUGUCGAAGGAAGCAAAGAAGAUUAAAGAUGACGAGCCUGUUAAGCCAGAUAUCGAAACAGCAACCGCCGAUGAAUUGGCCGAAGGUCAUGACGUGAGUGUUGUCAGCAACUCAACCAUGGCUCGAACGAGCCUAGCAUCGAAUGCCGCUCCUAGGAAGCGUGGUCGGCCUAGUAAAAAGGCCUCCAUAGUAAACCCAGACCCGAAUCCUGACGAACUUGCUGGUGCUGGGGUUGAGGCUGCAUCCGCACCUGAGCCUGUCGAGGUUGGCGAUUCCAGUGAAAAAGAAAAAGAAUCCGCGACAAGGGUCAAGGCUCUCUCACCCCCAGCCACGUCUUCUCCUCUAGUCAGCAAACCUCCCCCUCAGCCGCCAGUGGAGUUGGAUGAACCCCAGCCUCCUUCAACUCCCUUAGCUUUGACUUCCCCAGCGCCAGCUGCAAAGCAGGCGGCUUUAUCGCCUUCGCAGUCGCCUCAGGCUUCCGAUGCUGAAAACGAGCCGCCGUCUUCGAAACCUUCAAAUACUGCGAAUAGCGCUCGAAUUGUUCUUGCCCCUGUUCACGCUACUCCUGUACCUACGUCACCAUCCAAGCGAAAUAUCCUGUUUGGGUUGCGGAGCGGUACUCCCUGGACUGCCGUCGAUGUCGAUAUGAUUUUCGACGACAUAGAUAAAGAGAACACGUCGGGGUCAGCAAAGUUCCUGAGAGGCGGGGCGGAUCUCACUAGCCCGGAAAAGCGAAUGACUGUCGAGGAGUGGAUUUACCGCAAUGCCGAAGAAGCCGAGAAGAAGUUGAAGCUCGAGUGUGAGACCAUGGUUACGGCCUUUGAGAAAGAAGGAACGAGAGCUAUGCAAGCCCUUGAAGGUCUUAUUGUUGAUUAGACGAGGAAUGGUUUCUCUAAGUUCUUUAGGAUGGUCUGCUAGGGAUGGGAUAAUGGCUGGCGUGCGCGGAACUGGGUACGACAGGAUGGACUUUAUGAUGGCCGCGUUGGGCGUUGGCGGGUUGCGUUUAGAUACAUAUAGGAACUGGAUGAAGCCAAACCGGAUAUUAUUCAUCCCUGUUUUUUUUUUCUUCCUUUUAAUCAGUAAUGCUAAGAAAUGUGUGUGAAUAAAGUGAUUGAAGCCCG